AUGACCGAACGCGUGAAACAGCUCCUUGGCCAUCUCUCGAACCGCGCCAGCGCCGUCGACCGCCUCAGCACCAAGAACCCCGACGAUGUAGUCGUAACCAUGGCCUUUCGCACGCCGCUGUGCAAAGCGCGCAAAGGCGGCUUCAAAGCCAUGGGCUCCGACGAGCUGCUGCUGGCCACCUUUAAGGCCGCGCGGGCGCGCAUGGGCUUGCUCGACCCGGCCGUCAUCCAGGACAUCACCGUCGGCACCGUUCUCACGCCCGAGGCCCCGUAUGCUGCUCGGGCUGCCGCGCUCACGGCGGGAUUCCCGGAGACUGCCGCUGUCCAGGUCAUCAAUAGAUUCUGCUCGAGCGGGUUGAUGGCUAUUAGUACCGUGGCGAAUGCGAUCCGCAAUCAGGAGAUUGACUGCGGGUUGGCGGUUGGGUAUGAGAAUAUGAGCGCCAAUCCCGACAAAGGGACUCAGGGCUUUUCCGAGGAGAUCAUGGCAUGCCCAGCUGCUGCCGACUGCAAGAUGCCCAUGGGUUGGACAUCCGAGAACGUAGCCAAAGAGUUCAACAUCACCCGCGAAGCCAUGGACCUCUACGCCGCGCGCUCGCAUACGCGCGCCGAGCGGGCCCGCGCAACCGGCCUCUUUAAAGAGGAGAUCGAGCCUAUUGAAGCCUGGACACGCCCUGCCGACCCAGACUCAUCCUCCCCCCGCACAAAAGUCACCGUCUCCGAAGACGACGGCAUCCGCACAAACACAACCCCCGCCGGCCUCGCCAAGAUCCGCUCCGCCUUCCCGCAGUGGCCGCCGGCGCAGACGACGGGCGGCAACGCGUCGCAGAUCACCGACGGCGGCGCGGCGGUGCUGCUAAUGACGCGACGGAAGGCGGAGGAGCUCGGGCUCGUGGUGCUAGCCAAGCACGUGGCGACGAGUGUGACCGGGCUGGCGCCUAGGAUCAUGGGGAUCGGGCCUGCACUGGCGAUUCCGAGGUUGAUGGAGAGGACGGGGCUGGGGAUUGGGGAGGUAGAUCUGUUCGAGAUCAACGAGGCGUUCGCGUCGAUGUACGUCUACUGCAUCGAGAAGCUCGGGUUGGACCCGGAGAAGGUUAAUGUGAAUGGUGGUGCUAUCGCUCUCGGUCAUCCGCUUGGAUGUACCGGCACUAGGCAAGUCGCUACCGGCAUCGCAGAGGCCCGGAGGAGGGGAAGCAAGACCCUCGUUACCUCGAUGUGCAUAGGGCUCGGCAUGGGAGCGGCUGCGCUGUGGAUAGUGGAGUAG